AACUUAGCUACUCGCUUAUCUUGAAGACUUACCCCAGAGAUUUAGGUUAACACGCUGCGUUCAGUGUUCCUGAGCUGGACAAUACACAAGGCUAGAAAUCAACAACAGUUGCAAUGUUCCUCAUUCUUCUCUGUCUCUCCAUCAGCGUGACGCUUAGUGCGUCGUGUGACAAGGGAUUUGUUUCGUACGGCGAUUCCUGUUACAUCGUCCUCCCGGAAACCGGCACCUGGCUCACUGCAAUGGAGUACUGCAAGGCGUUCGGCAUGAGCCUGGCCAUUGUCCAGAGUCCUGGCGAGUACAACUUCCUCAAGGACUACCUCUACACACACAGGGCCAGCUACACACAUGCUCCUGACUUUUGGACAGCUGGCUCCCACAUGAUGUCGACUGAAUGGGCGUGGGCAGGGACGGAUGAGGAGAUUGAGACGUUCUACUGGGGCCCGGGGGAGCCCAACAACUCGGGAGCCAUUGAACGUUGUCUGUCAUUCUAUACGCGGAAAAACUUCACCUGGAACGACGAACACUGCUCGUACCCCGGAUACCCGUUGUGUGAGAAAGUACUUCAGCUCAUGCCUGGAAAGUGAAUUUACCAUUCUGUACCAAAUGAAAUAAACCUUGUCUUCAAAACGAAA